CUAGUUUUACGAGCCUUACAAGUUCCGAAAGCAGCACGACAUUGCUAGGUGGAGUGAUCAGCAACAUCCCUGCGACUACCAGCAGUGCAUCGACUAGUGGAUCCGUUACAUCGACUAUGACAACCCUUCCAACCGGUGUCUCCACGGACAUCAUACAUCCGACAGGCAUUACUACAAACACUUGGAUUACGACGACGAAAGACAGCAGUACCACUAUUGUGCCUGUAAUCUGGUGCACAAGCUGCGCUCCAAAUGGCGGCGAUGGGCUCGUUGUCAUUUGGGACUUCCCGCCGGUGUCUGGAGUCGACUUCAACUGGGGUUCCAUCUUUCCCGGAUUACCUACCUUCAAUCUACCAUGCAUCAGAAUCUUCGGCAUCCAGGUCGCUGGAGAUUGUGCCAACCCUGACUCCGAGAAAGACGACAACAAUGAUGAUAAUGACGAUGACAAUCAAUCAUCGAAGACUGGUAGUGAGACCAGCACUACUUCCACCAGCACUUCUACCCAAUCCUGUACUCAAUCGACGACUGCAAGCGACUGCCGAGUCGGCUGUUCCGUCUCCUACACUUCAACAGCCAGCAGUCUUUCCAGCACAACGGUUUGCUACACCACUUCGUGCUAUCAGACUGUAGGAUGUAGCCUGCGACCGUCAACUUCCUCGACCAUCUCCACACCCUCUUCGACCGCUUCUGCUUGCGCUCUCAUCGCCACGGCCAACGACUAUGAUGCUUGGGCAACGUACAGCUCAUUGGGUCUCGCAAUCCCAGCAUGGAUGGAUGGCGCUACCGUUCCUCUGCCCACAGACAUCGAUAGCGACGAUGACACGGGAGCAACGACCACGGGAGAAAAUUCGAAUGCCACCAUAUCGACCAGUCUAGCUAACUCAACAACGGCUCCCGUAACCACGACGCAAGCGGCCAACUCACCAUCGUCCAUCGCCUCAACUUCUAUCACAUCCACACAAUCCUCAACCUCCACAAUCACAUCGACCCCCUCCUCAACCACAGGACUCUACGGAUGCAAUUACUACCUCGACUUCUCCAAUUCAAUGACAAAAACUUCAUGCCUUUGCGGAAGUAUUCAAGUCGCACCUGAAACGGUAACGAGUUCUGGAACUGCUUACCUCCAGUGCUCAGCCUCAGGAGUUGCCCUAUCGACAGUCUACACGAUAACUACUAUGACGACUGCAUCAUCAGAUGAAGCUAUGCCAACCCUCACCGGCACGGCACAAGAGACGACGCCAUCAGGAAGUACUUGUGCCAGCACUGCCACUUCGACGGUAUGCAAUGGAUCAGGAGGCAGGGAAGCAUGCGUUACGACUUCUUCGUGUGCUUCGUGGGAAGCAACGGCGACGACCAGCACAUCGACAUCGACGACGAGCGAAGCUCCAGCGCCAACAAAGACACCAGUGCUCUGCGAAACUUGGGCCGAAUGUCCCGAAUGUACGGAAGAAGGCAGCACGAGGAUCUGUAUUGGUGCAAAUGGACAAGCGAUGCAUUGUGGAUGCACGGGAUAGGAUAUACAUGUGAUAUCUUCGGGAAAGAAAACAAAACCUAUUUCGUAC